GUGUUACUUUUGUCAUGCGCGUAUAAGUAUAAGGUACCUAUUUUAAAUAAACGCACCGGAAUAUAUGAGAAGAAAAUUUCCAAUGCGAAGUCCAAGUCGCACAACAAAUUGUAUCCGCAAAUGAUGAGAGUGGGUGAUGACAAAAAAAAUCUCAACUUUCGCACCCUUAUAUAUCGGCGUUUUUAUUAUUUAUUAACUGGCAGCAUUGACGGAAACAAAGAACUUUACGUCGAAAGCUCAACCGCCCUUUUGUUCUUUGUUUAGAACGUUUUUAAGGGUGCUUUUCCAUGUGCGUAAGUUGGUAGGUGCGUUAAAAUACAUUUCGCGUAUAGUGUACAACACUAAAGAUUAUAUAACAAAGGGAUGACACCGGAGAGAUUAGAAGCUGCUGCUGCGGCUCACAUGGAUAUCCACUUAAUGGAAUCAUUCGCUCAUGCUGGUCAAUGUGAAAAUUUGAGCUGCCAAAGGAAAUGUUGCGUGCAAUUAAUGCAAGUUGCCACGCAUGCCAAAUCUUGCGCGUUAAUUAGACCAGAAAAUUCGUAUAAAUGUCAUCUUUGCAGACAAGUUUUACCUUUAUGUGCUAUUCACCUGGAAAAUUGUCAAAAUGCCAAAUGUUUUAUUCCAUUUUGUAAGAGGUACAAGAAAUGUAGAAUAACUCCGAUCGAAGAAAGACGAUGUAAAGCUACAGCUGCCGGUAUAACUUUCGAAAUAAGAAUUGGAUUUUCUAAACAAGAAGUCAUUAAUUUCAAUAUAUUCCGUAAAUAUAUCAAUAGAAAAUAUGAAAAAGUAAAAGAAAAGUUCCCAAUUUAUAAAGAAAGAGAAUGUGAAAAAUCCUGCGAUUCGUAAUAUCAUAUCGCCAAAAUAAAUUAUUUAAUGGCAUAUCAACGAAAAUUAAACUAAUUUUAAGUCCUUAGAUAGUGUUACAGUAGAUAAAUUUAAUCGUGAACUUGUUAUUUAAUAAUGCAAAAUUAAGUAAAUAUCAUUUUGAAUCGA